ACCGUCGCUCGUCCCUCGCAGUGUUCGUGCUCAGCGACACAAGUGUUCUGUGCAGGGAAAGGCCUCGCGUCUGUGCCUGCGGGAAUCCCCAGCACCAUGCAGUAUCUGGAUUUGAACAGCAAUCAGAUCACGAAGCUCGAGCCCGGGGUGUUUGACCGCCUGACGGCACUGAGAAUGUAUGACAGCCUGGGGAAUCUCAAGGAGCUUUCAUUUCAAAAUAACCAGCUGCAGGCUCUACCCGCUGGACUGUUUGACUGCCUGGUGAAUCUGAAGAAGCUGCGACUGGACUAUCACCAACUGCAGGCGAUACCGCCCACUCUGUUUGACCGAUUGACUGAACUGACACAUCUGGAGCUGGACAAUAACCAACUGAAGUCUCUCCCCGACGGGGUGUUUGACCGCCUGGUGAAUCUGCAGAAGCUGUGGUUGUAUGAGAACCAACUGUCUGCUCUCCCUGCCGGGGUGUUUGACAAACUGACUCAACUGACUGUCUUGAUUCUGCACACCAACCAACUACAGGCUCUACCCGCCAGGGUGUUUGACCGCCUCGUUAAUCUGAAGGAGCUGUACUUGUGUAGUGACUAA